UUUAGACUUCUAUGUGCAGCUGCGCUCAUAAGAGCUGCUUUGUAUACGCGUACUUAAAAAAUGGCCAGAGUCUACAGGUCGAUAAUCACAGGGCUGUCGCUUCUGCUAGGGCUCUGUGUCGUUUGCUCGGUUCUCCUUCUUGAGCCCAAGCCGUUCCUGCACCGGUGGCUUCCUAGUAUCUCCCAUGGCCGGGGCGGCUGCCCGCUGGCAUCGAGCGAGAAAGCAUUCAGGAGCGACUCUCAUUUGUUGGGGCGCCUCUUCAGCGGCCCCGGCCUGAUUCAGCUCACCGAGGGUCGCGAGAGCUACGAAGAGGUCCUGACCCAGCUGCCGCAGUACCGGGCGCUGGUGGUCGUCACCGCCGGCCGCGGCACUCCCACACGUCGCGCCGAGGCCCAGCCCUACAUCUCCCUAGCCGCCACCCCCACUAGCCCCAGCACUAGCCCGCUGGCGGCGCUGGCGCUGCCGCUACGGCUCAUGAACACGGGCGCUGCGGCCGUGGAGGCGGCGCUGGGCCGGCGCCUGUACCCCAUCACCUUGGACACGUUCACACGCCCGGCAGGCGCCGCAGGCCCCUACGCCGUAUACGACGUCUCCGCCGGCCGCCUACUCCUGGACGCUGGCAUGGCUGCGGCCGUGUGGGGAGGCGGCAGUAGCAGCGUCAUCAGCGGCACCAGCGGCACCAGCGGCAGUAGCAGCACGCUGCCCCAGACAGCCUUCCUGACAGAGCAGCUCGCCAGCCGCGUGUUCGGGCAGCUGGCGGCUGACGUGGCGCCGCGCGCCAACGCCGCUACUGCCGCUGCUACUGCCGGUGCGUCUGCUACAGCCGCCACUGGAGGUGCUACUGCCGGCGGCGCUGAUGGCAGCCGUCAGCCGCGGCGCCGGCUGUCGCAGGCGGCGGCUGGUGUUGGGGUUGAUGUUGUUGGCGAUGGCGAUGGCGGCUUCUUGCUGAGCGAGCGAAACGGAGACGAGGAUGUGGAGGAGGAGGAGCGCGAGGCAGCGGCCUAUGCGGGCGUGGCAGAGCCGGAGUUGGGGGCCGCGGCGGGGCAGGCGGCGGGGCAGGGACAGGGACAGGGACAGGGGGCCGCGCACGCGCAGCUGCUGGGGGAGGGGGAGGAGGAGGGCGAGGAGGAGGGGGGUGCGCAGCAGCGCGCCUUUGAGGAACUGGAUGAUGGUGACGUGGCGGCGCAGGAAUCCGCCGCCGCCGCUGCGGCUACUGCCAUGCAGCAGCGGCAGCACGUGGCCCACAAGGUCGACACGUACGUGGGGCAGAAACAGCGCCGCCCGGAUGCUACUGCCGAUCCUGCUGCUACUGCUGGUGGUGCUGGUGCUACUGCCGGCGAGAGCGCUGCCAACGCCGCCGAUGAUGCUGUUGAGACGGCCGAGGCUGAGGCAGAGGCCGCCGACGCCAACAGCGUUGAUGACCGCUUCACAGGCCGCCAAAGCGCCCGCCUUGGCGCCACCGACGCCGUGGUUGAGGACGCCGAGGAGGAGCAGCAGCAGCAGUGGGACGCCGCGGAGGGCGGCGUAAGCGGCGGCGCCGGCACCGGCGCGUCCGCGGCGGCGGCAGCCGCCGCCGCGGCGGUGGCAGCGGCUGUGGCGGCGGCGCUGCCGGCGGCUUUCUCUGCGGCACCGCCGCUGUGGUUCUGUGUGCUGUGCCCCUCAGUGCUGGGCCUGGUGGCUCCUUUGGCCAUCAACAUGAUCCUCAACCAGGUGGCGGGCGCGCUGUGCACGCAGCUGCACCUGACGGACGACCAGUGCUUUGACGUGCUGCUGGGGGCGCUGGCGGCAGGCUUCGUGCUCAGCCUGGCGUCUGCCAUCCCCAUCUUCUUCGUGUGCCGCUUGCCCGAGUGUGCCAACCGCAACGUCACAGCGGCGCUUCGGGCGCUGCGCGGCGCCGUGCCGCUGUGAGCGGCUGAACUAACAGCAGGCAUGGGGUCACGUGGGAAACUAGCAGCAGGCGUGGGGUCACGUGGGAAACAUGAACGCAAACGUGGCGGGUGGGCCUGUGCCCCUGUUGACUGGUGUCAUAUGUGUUGCAUUAGUGGCGUUCACGGUAUCGUGAUGUAUUACAAUGCAUAUGUGCGAUUGUAAAAGUUGUGAUGGUUUGGGACACGCCAUGGGCAGUUGUGCGCCUCCCCUGGGUGAUUGUGCGGGCCGUAGAGGCGUUUGGCAAAUCCGCACCCCCGUGCGUGGUGAUGGCAGUUAGCAGGCAAAAUGUAGCUGCGUGCGUGUGUACAGUAGAUUGUGUGUACGUGUCCCGUAUGUUAGGUGCAGGGAUUGUUGGUUGGUAGCUUGACAUCAGCUGGGACUGAAAGACCCGCUCCCUACAUGUAACAUAUGUAUAGAGAGGCUCUGUGCCUGUGUCACUGUGACCGCUUCCCUCCGUGCCACGGCCGCCGUUGCAUGAGGGGCUAUAUAUGAGAGGCAGGUGCUGCUGCAGCUGCUGCUGCAUGCUGCUUGGCUCUAGGCUAGCUGUGAGGAACAGCCGUUUUCGGCGGCCUUGCGGAACGACGUAAGAGGCAGCAGGCAUGCCGGUAGGCAAUACAUCUCCUUGGCGUGGAGACUACGUGUCGAGAUCUCUUGACAAGAGUGGGUCCGUUUCAGGCUCACUCCGGUCACGCAGGCCUGGAAUAGAGGGCUCGCCCGGCUAGGCUAAGCUGUUGGGGCGCAUGGCCGUACGUAGCUCGGCUUCAGACGGGUGCUCAUGCUGGCGCUCCUCCGUAGAAUGGCCGGGGGGGAGGGGUAGCGGGGAUCUGGGGAUAGCGGAUGGAAUGGUACGGCGCAAGCCGGUCAAGGUCUUGUUAUCUUGUAGCAUUCUCCAACACCAACAACUACCGGUAGCUGCCUUGCGCGGCAGGAACGCGAGGGCGGGGCCAGUUUGGCACCCUGACUUUGCGGACAGAAGACCACAUCGCCUUGCAAGCAACUCAUAUCUAAG